AAAAAAUUACACUCAUGUCUGAAGAACCAGAAAGCAGGAUCAUCGGAGGAAAACCAGCAGAAGCAGGACAAUUUCCUUACUUCGUCCGAAUAGUGGCGUAUGGAGGGCCGUGGAGUGAGACUAGGAUUCACAGAGGAGGAGGAAGUAUAAUUGAUCCAAGAUGGGUUCUCACUGCAGGACAUGUCAUUGUUCUCACGACUAACACUUCUGAGCCGAUCACGUAUCACAUCGAAGCUGGCUCUAUAAUAUCGGGAGAGCCACGUCAGUUUCAAAUCGUCAUCAAUGAUCACGCUUUUCUUCAUCCAGAGUACAAUUCGAGCAUUCUGGAGAAUGACAUCGGUCUUAUUAGGAUCAAACCCUUCACUUUCGACGAAUACGUUCAACCUAUAAGAAUUGCACUCGGUUCAUGGAAUGCUGAAUCUUAUAUAGGAGAGACAAUCACCGCGAUGGGUUUUGGAUACACAUCAAACGAUGGACCGGUGUCGGAUGUCUUACUUUGGACCACAUUAACAGUUAUUUCGAGGGAAGAAUGCCAACCUUUUUACGACUAUUUGCCUUUGAGUUGUUUCUGUGGUGUGGACAAGAAUGAAAAACCUCCAAUAACUGCGACCUGCUCAGGUGAUUCCGGAGGUCCUGUUGUGAUUACCAGGAAAGCGAAGAAAGGGAAAAAACAACUUGUUGAAAUUGGAUUAGUUUCGUUCUCAUCAACUGAAGGAUGCUCCAAUGCUCCUAAUGGAUACACAAACAUCGCACAAUUUCAUGAUUGGUUGACACUGACCAUGGCGCAGAAUUCAUGAAAGAAAUAUUCUUCAAAAAUUAUUAUCAUACGCAAGUGUUGCAAAAUGCUUACAAAAUAAAAAUUCUAUUACAUAUUAAGUAGGUCCAUUAUGUAUUUCCCUUUUUGGUCUCUUCCAUCAUCACCCUUUAGUUUAUAAUUUGAUUCUCUUUCCUUGAAAUUAUCGAUUCACAAAGUCACUUUCUUGUCUGUCUCUCUUUCCAUUCGCGGCGAAAUCUUCUCAUUGGCAAUUCAAAUGGCAGAAGAGACUAUUGAGGUUGCAAAAUGAGUUCAAACCAGUCUUUUGCAUACUCAUCUACUAUGCAAUUUUUCACCCAAAUUCCUUAUGCCAUAGUUUAGCAUUGACGGAAGAAGAUUCUCACAUUCACAAAUUGGAAUUUC